AUGGUACAGGACAGUGAGGCGGAUACCAUGCAAUGCCUUUUCGAAGGUCGCAGUAACAAGACCCUUGAACGCUUUUUUAAGGGCCGUAGUAAUAGGAGUCGUGAUGAGCUGAUUUUGGAGUGGUUUGAAUGCCAGAUUCUUAGCCCUGGAGCUUCAACCCCUGGGCCUGCCAUGACCUGGGCAACGAUGGAGGAACACGGACAAAUGAGUGAUCCUGAUUUUACAACCAUUUAUGAAUGGCUCAUUCCCACGUUUUGGUCCCAGCCAAAAAGCUUGGAACGUGCGAGUAAGGUAGUCUCUCGACUAGAAGAAGCAUACAACACGAUUGUCUUGCCUCGGGCUUGGCUUGAAUCUGAGUACAAGUCAUUUGCCCCGUGGGCCCCAGGCGUCAUCUUCCCUGGUGAUUCUCGACUGAGGUCAGCUGUGGGUGUGGCAUAUUGGGCUCACUACCUGGACACGAAAGAUUCUAUGACACCAGCGCAAAGAGUGUGGUCUCUCUCCGUACUUGCCCGCUGGUAUCCAGGACAGGCUUUCAAGCAAAUGUUGGCGGAGCUCAAGGAGCAUCCACCGGUGUUCGCUGACGGUGGUCAGAUGUUCGUCCUGCAGCGUCUUACUCGGCUAGCAGUGCGGCGAAUGAUGGGGGAGUGUGUUGGCUUGGGGUCAGACGAAAUGAGUUGGAGAAUGGCAGAAGACAUUGCUUACAUAGCGCCUUUCGUCGCACGAUGUUCAGGAGAGGAUGUGGGAGUCUUGGUUCAUCGGACGAUGUCCCAGGUUGCUAGUGAUCGUUACGCACAGUACCACGUGACAUACCACAAUCACCCGGAACGCUUGUAUUCCGCUUGUUUCUCAGGCUUGGUACCUUGGAAGAUGUCUGGACUAGAGAUGGCUGGCGAAGUGCCUCCUCCCGAGGCGGCUCAUUUCCCGGUAGAAUGUGCGCCCGGAUUAGACAUCUAUGACCCUGGUCAAAAUGCGCUGCGUGGGUUCUUGGGACUAGAGGAACGACUCGUGCGUCGAUUGGGCCAGAUGCUCAUUGCAGAGCAUGCCACCGAAACUCUGCUACCGCCUGACCACAUUGAGCGUUCCCUGGUCGAACAAGAGUCGUUCAAAUUCUCGGUCUCGGAAGAAAAAUUCCGCGGACUGUACGAACGGGCUCUUGAAGAGAUAGUGGGCCGAGCGGCAACUGAAGAGGCAUUCAACUACGCUUGGAGGGCCAUCUGUCGCGCUGUCGCAAUGGUGUACGAAGCGCACUCCAAAGUUCAAAAGGUCAUCAGGACUUGA